UAUUUGGUACCAUACUAGAAGAAGAAGCAAUGAACAUUAUCAAAGCUUGAAACUUUCUCAUAAUUCAACUAUAAGAAAUUUCAAAAUUUGAUAAAUUUUUUCAAUGUCUCACACUUUACAAUUGUCAUUAUCUUCAAGUGCAUUCAAUUCUUCACUGAAAGUGAAGAAGUUGAAGAAAGUUAAGCUUUGUUGUUUUCAAAAUUCCAAAGAUGAUGAUGAUGCUGAUGAUAAUGGAGGAGGUGAAGGCUUAUCAAGGGUGAUAUUGGUGGAGAGAUAUAGCAAUGGUACUGCUAAGAGAUACGUAUUAGGUGAUGAUUUAAAGUUGCGAACCAUUCUUAUUGAGGAGGAUAGGACUACGGAAAGCAGGUUUGGGGUUUCGCAUUCUCCUGAUGAAAGACUAUAUUGGCUUCCGAGGAUGAUUAAAGAUUUUAUUCUACCAGCAGGCUUUCCCGGAUCAGUCUCAGAUGAUUAUUUGCAGUACAUGUUACUACAGUUCCCUACCAAUGUGACCGGAUGGAUAUGUCACACCAUAGUCACUUCAAGUCUCCUAAAGGCUGUUGGUGUCGGUUCAUUCUCAGGAACAACAGCAGCUGCUUCUGCCGCUGCAAUCAGAUGGGUCUCAAAGGACGGCAUUGGAGCUGUCGGGCGCUUAUUCAUUGGUGGACGGUUUGGAAAUCUUUUUGACGAUGAUCCAAAACAGUGGAGAAUGUAUGCAGAUUUCAUUGGCAGUGCAGGAAGCGUUUUUGAUCUGACAACCCAGUUAUAUCCUGGAUAUUUUCUUCCUUUGGCAUCUCUUGGAAAUCUUACCAAGGCUGUAGCAAGAGGACUAAAAGAUCCUUCUUUUCGAGUGAUUCAAAGCCACUUUGCAAUUUCAGCAAAUCUAGGAGAGGUAGCAGCAAAGGAAGAAGUUUGGGAAGUGGUAGCACAAUUGGUUGGCCUUGGUUUGGGCAUAUUGAUACUGGAUACACCUGGCCUUGUAAAAUCAUAUCCUGUACUUACAUCAACUUGGUUGAUUACUCGACUUCUUCAUCUUUGGCUACGCUAUGAAUCACUUUCAGUUCUGCAGUUUAACACGAUAAAUCUUAAGCGUGCUCACAUACUAGUAAAAUCACAUGUUUUACAUUCCACUGUUCCAGGCUGCAUGGAUUGCAACAAGGAAGAGAAUAUAUUACUGUGGUCACAGUUCAUGAAGCCAAAAAUAAUUUUUGGUUCACCCUUGGAGAAGAUGGAUGAUAGCAUGGAGAGAUCUCAUUUUAUGGUGGAAUCUCUUCUAAGAUUAUAUGCAAAUGAGAAAUAUAUUCUCGUGGUCAAUCAGCAGGUUGAUGAUUUGAAGUUUUAUGUUUCUUUCAAGUUAAACUUUUGAAGGUUGGAGCUACAAGUGUCUCGGUAUUGCGAAGCAUUUGGCAGACAUUCUGGCUUAGUGAGAACUGGGAGAUCAAGGGUAAUGUUUAUGAUCAACUUGCCAAUAGCCUAAUGGAAUUGGAAAAUAGGUUUGAUGAUUUCAUUCAAAAGUUGAAAGCUGCUGAGUGGGAUACUCAACAAUUAAAUUUGAAGGUCCCCAAAGAAAUUUCAAUUGAUGAUAUCAAUACUUUCUAAAUUCUAAACCUGUGGAAACAAAAACACGUCAUGUUUUAUGAUCCGAGGUUCUCGAGAGUAGAAGUCUAAAACAUGGUUUCUCAAAUUAUUCAUUGUAUUAGUAGAUUGACAAGCAUUCAUAGAAAAAUAUCUAUUUUCACUAGAAGUUGACCAAUAUGCUUAUAGAAUUAGGUCAUUGAAUAUACCAAGUACUAGCUUUGACACUUCAAUCUUAGGAAUAAUCCUGUUGUAAAAUAUAUAUUUGUUAAUUUUGUUUAAGAUGUUCAAUGCAUGUAUUUUUUUCCGGAGUGAA